UUGCCAAGAGGCAGCAACCCGGCGAGGAUAAGUAGCUGCAGCACCGGGCUUGAUACGAUGGCAAAAACCAAGGUUUCGAGUGAGGAGCUUAAGCGCAAGAUGAAGCGUCCCAAGGCGCGGCACGAAUCGGUGGCGGCGACGUCCGUCCCAACCCCUGGCUACGCUACCCUCGCGUCACUUGGGGCGCCGCCCACGUUGCAGUCGCCAAGUUCCAGUGCUCGGGGGUCUAAACCAUCACCGGCGAGCAGAUAUGACAGUUCGUUAGGCCUGUUGACUAAACGGUUUGUGGAGUUGAUCCAAGCUGCGCCGUCGAAGGAUUUAGACCUGAACACAGCGGCGGAAUCGCUCGGCGUUCAGAAACGACGUAUAUACGACAUCACGAACGUGCUGGAAGGUAUCGGGCUGAUAGAGAAGACAUCCAAGAACAACAUUCACUGGAAGGGUGCAAGCGGGCCAACUGGCGCCGCCGACAGCUACCAGGGUAUGGAUCAUCUUCGACAGAGCAUUUCAGAUCUUAGACAAGAGGAGCUCAAGUACGAUCAACAUAUCAAGACGGUCAGCCAGAACAUUCGACAUCUAUACGAAGAAGAAGCGUUCGACAAAGGCAGUUUCGAAAACUUUUGCUAUGUCACACACAACGACAUGCGACGACAGGAGAGUUUUGCAGACCAGAGCGUUAUGGCAAUCAAAGCCCCACCUGGAACAACUCUUGAAGUGCCCGACCCGGAUGAAGGUAUGCCCGCGGGGAAACGCCGGUUUCAGAUCUUCCUCAAGUCUACAGCAGAUGGACCGGUGGAUGUGUAUUUAGUUCGACGGAUGGAUGAAAAGAAUGCUGAUGGCAGCGAGUCGGCGAAGGAUGCCCGAGCACUUGCAGCUCCUGAUAGCCCAGCGCCUCCUUUAGACCAGCAGAAAUCAUACGAUUCGGACAGCGGAUUAUUCAAACUGGCCCCGUUAAAGACCGAUCCAGAUUUCUGCUUCAGUCUUGACGAUAGCGAAGGCAUCUCUGACUUUUUUGCAGACAUUCCAUAAGUGAGGAAUUGCGACGUCAGUCAUUGCGCACCAUG